GCUACUUUAUUCCAAGAAAUUUCGGCCUGCAUCAAUUGCGAUUAGAUGUGUUGUGCUUAGCGGUGCGCUCGUGAAAACGAUCCAAAUUCCUGGUGGUUUGCAAACGAAUCUCGUGCAGAAAACAGCACCCGUCCAACGACUACAUCCUCCACCAACCGUGCGUGCUGUUAGUUGGUCGAAAAUCGAACCGCGAAAACGGUGAAAAGUGUGUUGUGAUAAGAGCGUGAAGGAAGCAGCGCGAUGGUUUGGGGGUUUGUUACUUGCGGCCCGAACGAGGCCUUGGUAGUAUCAGGAUGUUGCCACAUGAAGCCACUGUUGGUUCCUGGCGGUCGGGCAUUCGUUUGGCCUUCGAUUCAACAAGUGCAAAGAAUCUCGCUCAACACCAUGACGCUGCAGGUGGAAAGCCCGACCGUGUACACCAGCCAGGGCGUGCCAAUCUCCGUCACCGGCAUCGCGCAGGUAAAGAUCCAGGGCCAGAACGAGGACAUGCUGCUGACGGCGUGCGAACAGUUCCUCGGCAAAUCGGAAGCCGAAAUCCAGCACAUCGCCCUGGUGACGCUCGAAGGCCACCAGCGUGCCAUCAUGGGCUCGAUGACGGUCGAGGAGAUCUACAAGGAUCGCAAGAAGUUCUCGAAACAGGUGUUCGAGGUCGCUUCGUCCGACCUGGUCAACAUGGGCAUUACCGUCGUGUCCUACACGCUGAAGGAUAUCCGCGAUGAGGAGUUCAACGGGACAAAUGGGUUCAACGGGUCAAAUAGGGGAUACCUGAAAAGCCUCGGUAUGGCCCGUACGGCGGAAGUGAAGCGUGACGCACGGAUCGGCGAGGCGGAGGCCCGGUGCGAUGCGACGAUCAAGGAAGCGAUUGCCGAGGAGCAACGGAUGGCGGCCCGCUUCCUGAACGACACCGAGAUCGCGAAGGCCCAGCGUGACUUCGAGCUGAAGAAGGCCGUGUACGAUGUGGAGGUGCAGACGAAGAAGGCCGAGGCGGAGAUGGCGUACGAGCUGCAGGCGGCCAAGACGAAGCAGCGCAUCAAGGAGGAGCAGAUGCAGAUUAAGGUGGUCGAGCGUACGCAGGAAAUUGCGGUCCAGGAGCAGGAAAUGCAGCGCCGCGAGCGCGAGCUGGAGGCCACCAUCCGCCGGCCGGCCGAGGCCGAGAAGUACAAGCUGGAAAAGCUGGCCGAAGCGAACAAGCUGCGCGUCAUCCUGGAGGCGGAAGCAGAAGCGGAAGCGAUAAAGGUACGCGGAGAGGCGGAAGCGUUUGCCAUCGCUGCCAAAUCGAAGGCCGAAGCGGAACAGAUGGCCAAGAAGGCGGAAGCUUGGAGAGAGUACCGUGAGGCAGCCAUGGUCGAUAUGCUGCUGGAUACACUGCCAAAGGUUGCGGCAGAAGUGGCGGCACCACUGUCGCAGGCGAAGAAAAUCACGAUGGUAUCGAGCGGCAACGGUGAGGUCGGUGCCGUGAAGCUGACCGGCGAGGUGCUACAGAUCGUGAACAAAAUCCCGGAGCUGGUCAAAUCCAUCACCGGGGUUGAUAUCUCGCGGUCCGUACACGCUGGUUAAAUGAGCCCGAAAGGUUACGAUAAAACAGAAAACCUGUGCAGGACUUGCGUCUUAGCAUCCUCCCUGUUCAACAAUUUAACAUUUUUUUGCAAAACGAAGAAAGUCGCGGAAAAGGACAAAGUUACACACUCACACACCCGGGGUACGCAAGCGGAUGGUCCAGGGAAGAGUGGACGCACAGCGUCUCCGAUCGAUCGUCAGCGAACGAACCACAGAACCACUUGAACCAGCCAUAAUAGGAGAUGAUAUAUGUAGUCCCGCGGCGGGGUAUCGUUGUUAAUGUUUGUAUUCUCUAUAUUGGAAUAUUUUUUCCUCCCACAUUUUCCACUGCAAAUGUAUGCCUGGGGGUCGUACCGGAAAGAGGGCGGGCGAGUGUUUCACAAGAUCGGAUGUGUGUGGGUGUGCGGCAUACAAGCUUUAUCUUUUAUUAUUCGAACUAUUUUCUGUUGUUUAUUAUACCUCUUCCAGUUACGUUAUUUCCUGCGUUAUGUUUAAGCUUUAUCUUAUAUUUCAUUUAGCAAGGCUUAAGUUGUUGAGGUAUGAAGGUAUAAUUUUUCAGGGUUUAGGGGUAGUUUAAGCAUUGUUACAUUCGAUGAUGUUCACGCUCACACACACACACACUCUCAAAACACACACAAUCCUCCAACAGAUGCCAACCAGUCUCGGUGUAGAUGCUAUUUUGGUAGCCUUAGCGCAAGGAACCAUGUACCAGGCGGUGUUAGAGAGUGCACACAGCAGGAUGUGUGGAGUAAACUUUGUAUCUACUUCUCAGUAUCACUUUUAGUCUAGUCACUGCCGCGGAACUAUUUUGCACAAUUAGCCAGCCACCACUUUUGAACCGAUCAAAACGUGUGUGAUUUCCUUUCAGCGUUUGCCAUUAAUGAAUUCAUUGCAAAGCCACACUCUCACUCCGUUAUACAGUUAGUUUGAUGAAAUCAUCAAUCAUUAGAAAAACGUUUAAAGAAGCAGGGAAACAUUACUCUUUUGUGCAUUUUAUUUCGCAUUAUUUCGAUAUAGAGCUAUAUACUCACUGUUCGGGUGGAAGUUGCGAGCGUGUGUAACACCUUAAAGUAAAACCCAUUCUCCAUCCAUUGACUUGGCCUAUUUCCGGUAAAAUCCGUAAAUCCGAACGGUAAACUCGAUACUUAGCAAAUGAGGAUAGACAGGCUUGCUUGCGGAGCUUGCACAAGCGCAUGAGAAAUGCAUUUUUGUAUGUACACACAAGUUCGCGUAAAUCGUAACCAUACUCUACUCUAGCGAACCUAUAGAUUUCAUUUCAAAUAAUUAUAUAAUUAACGAGAUGUCGCUAAACGGCGUAUACUUUCCUCUCCCAGUGUUCGAAAUGUACCUUUUUCUCCCUUUCAAAAACAAAAAACAAAACAAAA